GCAGCUGGGACCGUAGUGAGAGAGGCAAAGUGGGUGGUGGGGGCCUCUGCCCCCCAGGAGGGUGAGGGACUCCCCCAGCCUGGGGGAGGGGGGAGAUACCUGAGUGCCUCUAUGUGGGGGGAUCAGCUGAUGCCCUCAUUUGGAGCCAGACCCCAACGGGUCACUAAUGUGUUCCCUCCUCCUCCCAUUGCUGCUGCGUGGCCAUCUGGCUGCCCCCCGGCUCAGGCCCCAGGGCUGGCUCAGCGGCUGGCUCCCUGCCUGGCGCCCCACAUCCAUGUCCCACCUGAAGAACGUGGAGACCCGGAUCCUGCAGUGCCUGCAGAGCCAGUUCGUGGGGCGGUAUGUGACCCUGCCGAGCCGGGCGCGCCUCUGGACCGUCUCGCUGUGCCCGGAGCAGGGCGAGGGGCGCACCCCCCUGGUGCUGGUGCAUGGCUUCGGGGGCGGCGUGGGGCUGUGGGUGCUCAACCUGGACCGGCUGGGGGCCCGGCGGCCCCUUCAUGCCUUCGACCUGCUGGGCUUUGGGCGCAGCUCCCGGCCCCCCUUCCCCAAUGACGCCCAGGGUGCCGAGGCCGAGUUUGUGCGCUCCAUCGAGGACUGGCGCCGGGAGAUGGGCAUCAGCACCAUGAUCCUGCUGGGCCACAGCCUGGGGGGCUUCCUGGCGGCCUCCUACAGCCUGACGUACCCCGAGAGGGUGAAGCACCUCAUCCUGGUGGACCCCUGGGGCUUCCCUGUGCGCCCCACCGACCCCAGCCAGCUCCGACCUCCCCCCACCUGGGUGAAGGCCAUGGCUGCUGUCCUGGGGCGCUCCAACCCCCUGGCUGUGCUGAGAGUCGCUGGGCCCUGGGGCCCUGGCCUCGUCCAGCGCUUCCGUCCUGACUUCAAGCAGAAAUUCGCGGAGUUCUUUGAGGAUGACACCAUCUCGGAGUACAUCUACCACUGCAACGCCCAGGCGCCCAGCGGGGAGGCGGCGCUGCAGAGGGGGAAUCGGAGCCGGGCGGCCCUGGGGCAGCUGAGGAAGUGGCUGAGGACAGAGUGA